AUGUUCCUGACCUCCGUGCUCCUCCUCGGGCUCACCCACCUCGCCGCCUCGAAGCCCUUCGCGAAGCGCUGGGACGACUUCGAGGUCAAGCACGCCUGGGCGGAGACCCCGCGCGGCUGGGCGUACCACGCGCCCGCGCCCGCGGACUACUCGUUCGACAUGCGCAUCGGGCUCAAGCAGGACCGCUUCGACGAGCUCGUCGCCAACCUGUACCAGGUCAGCGACCCCGCCCACUCUCGGUACGGCCAGCACCUCUCCAAGGACCAGAUCGCGGAGCUCGUCGCGCCGCACCCCCAGACCGUCGACCUCGUCGAAGCCUGGCUCGCCGCGCACGACCUCGACGCCGCGUCCGCGCGGCGCUCGCCCGCGGGCGACUGGCUCACGCUCCGCGUGACCGUCGCGCAGGCGGAGCGCAUGCUCGGGAACGAGUACGCCGUCUACCGCCACGCGGACAGCGACGAGCGCGUCGUCCGCGCGAUGAGCUACUCGCUCCCCGCCGCGCUGCGCGGGCGCGUGUCCGUCGUCGCGCCGACGACGUACUUUGGCACGAUGCGCGCGAUGCGCACCGCGCACCACGCCGACCUCGGCGCCCCCGUCGCGGAGGAGGUCUCCGCGGUGCGCGUUGCGCGUCCCGGCACGCUCGCGAGCGUGCCCUCGAGCUGCGCGAGCCUUAUCACGCCCGACUGCCUCCAUGCGCUGUACAACACGACUGGAUACGUGCCCGCGGCGACCGACGUGAACUCUCUUGGGGUUGCUGGGUAUCUCGAUCAGUACGCGAACCGCGCGGACCUCCAGACUUUCCUCAGGCGGUACCGCACCGACGCCGUCGGCUCCUCGUUCGAGACGGUUCUGGUCAACGAUGGUGGAGACGACCAGUCUGACCCGGGUAUCGAGGCGAACCUCGACAUCCAGUACACGAUCGGCAUGGCCUACCCCACGCCCAACACCUACUACAGCACCGGCGGCUCGCCGCCGUUCAUCCCCGACGGCAGCACGCCGACGAACACGAACGAGCCCUACCUCGACUGGCUUCACUUCAUCCUCGCGCAGGACGCGAUCCCGCAGACGUUCACGACGAGCUACGGCGAGCCGGAGCAGACGAUCCCGCCCGACUACGCGGUGGAGGUGUGCCACCUGUUCGCGCAGCUCGGCGCGCGCGGGAGCUCCGUCCUCUUCUCGUCCGGGGACAGCGGCGUCGGGAGCCACUGCACGUCCAACGACGGCGCGAACACGACCAAGUUCCUGCCCCACUUCCCGGCGUCGUGCCCGUUCGUGACCGCCGUCGGCGGCACGGAGAGCGUGAACCCCGAGGUCGCGGCGGGUCUGUCUGGCGGGGGCUUCUCGGACAUGUUCGCCAUGCCUGACUACCAGACCGAGGCUGUCGCGGGCUUCCUGACCACCCUCGGAUCACCUACGAAGGCCUCUACAAGUGGCAGCGGCCGUGCCUACCCCGACGUUUCCGCGCAGGCCGAGAACUUCGCCGUCGUCUACGCCGGCUUCACCUACCGCGUCGGCGGCACCUCCGCGUCGUCCCCCACCGUCGCCGGGGUGAUCGCCCUCCUGAACGACUACCGCCUGUCGCAAGGCAAGCCCGCGCUCGGCUUCCUGAACCCGCUCCUGUACUCGAUCGGCACCGCCGGCUUCAACGACAUCACGUCCGGCACGAACCCGGGCUGCAACACCGCCGGCUUCACCGCCGUCGAGGGCUGGGACCCGGUGCGUCACUGGCUUCGGACCCCCGACUUUGGCAAGCUCCAGGCUCUGCUCGGGUGA